GUGCGAGCGAGAACGCCGGGCGGGACCACUCUGAACCUGGCCUACACUGUCGGGAAACUGAUCAGUGUUUCACCGGGGUCUGCUGUCCGCCGGAUCAACACCCCAUCCGGAGAGUUCUACGCACUGAAGAGAUCAAAAGUUACCGACGAAAGCAUCAACGAGCUGGAGAUGCUCAAGCGUCUCAGGCACCCAAACGUGGUUGUGCUGCAUUUUUACUUCAACGCAGACACAACCCGCAGCAUACCUACCCUCAACCUCGUCAUGGAGCUCAUGGAACGCACCCUGCGAGAGGAAAUGACAAAAGUCAGCAGACGGGGCAUGACGUUCCCCGUUUUCUACACCCGAGUCUACUUCUAUCAGAUGCUGAGAGGACUCGCGUACCUGCACAGCCUCGACAUACGGCACGGCGACGUCAAGCCGGAGAACGUGCUCAUCGAGCAGAAGGUCGACCUUGAAGCACUGGCGGAUAAGCUCUGCAAACACCUCAACAAACACUUGCACCCCGAGCCUGAGGAAGAAGCUGCUGCAGCUGCACUCGUGGAGGAACCUACGAAGCGUAGGUCUCCAAAGGAACUUGCACAAAUGUACUACGCUGCAUUUCCAGCCCUUGAGAACAGCCCCCAGGUUCAGACGCAGCGGGUUUCUUGGGAUGGCCGCCACAUCAUAGAACUACAUGAGCGUGAACAGCAGAAUGCGGAAGGUGCAACCAGGGAAUUGAUGCAAGAACAGCAACUGCGCAGCAAACUUCACAGUCCCACCCAGUAA